CUAACUCGUACGGCGUAUCGCACGACGACAAAACGUUAACCUUGCGCGCUGAGACGAAACCGGUUCAUUCUCGAGAGUUCGACGUCCGAGUUUGUGCUUUCUGCGUGUGUGUUUUUGUGCAUUUUUCAUAGAAUUUUCCAAAGGUUUUUCCAAUGCGCUUGGCAAGUGCAAAAAUUUUGCCGCUGCUUCGGCAUCGGGCUGCUUUCACUAGGAAUAUUUGCAAUGCUGGCCAUCGAGUUUCUAUGGCCAAGUCGGAGUUGGCCCAAGAACUGGCUAGAACAUCGUCGUUUACAGGACUCAUGAGAAUUGAUUCGAGGUUCCUCAGGCAAAGUGCAUCAGUAAUAAGUGUCAGACAAUUUUCAUCAAAAGGAUCUUCGGAUAAAGACGACCCACCAGGUGAACUCGAUGCAAUUGAUGUACAGCCAGAAGAUUAUCCAACAGCUUUGCCAGCAACCGUUGUUGUUCCUGAAGUGUGGCCAAAUGUACCUGUUAUUGCUAUCAAUCGCAACCCUGUAUUUCCACGAUUUAUUAAGCUGAUAGAACUUACUAAUCCAGUUCUGAUAGACCUCAUAAGACGUAAAGUAAAAUUGAAUCAGCCCUACGUUGGAAUAUUUUUGAAGAAAAAUGAAGAAAACGAGUCAGAUAUAGUUGAUAAAGUGGAUGACGUAUAUAAUAUUGGUACUUUUGCACAAAUUCACGAGGUUCAAGAUCUGGGAGACCGCUUGAGGCUAGUAGUGAUGUCACAUAGACGCAUCAAGUUGGUUGGUCAAAUCAUUGAAGAUAUUACUCCAAAACCUACAGCUGAGUCAGAUGAGAUGAAAUUGACGUUUCCCUUAUUAAAUACGACAAUUAACGUUCCUGUAGACGAAACCAUGGCUGGAGGGAAAAAAAGUCGUAGAGAAUUAAGAAGGAAGAAGUUGGAGAGUAAACUUGCAGAGCAAGUGGAGAAGGUAGAAAAAAUGGAGUCCAUUAUUGAAGCAGAGAAAUCCUCAGAAAAACCAAUUGAAGCUCCUAAACAAGUUCAACAACAAGAAACUUCAGAAGCCCAAACAACAGCUGACCCUCAGGCUACACAAGAUAUUGUUCAACCCUUACUCAUGGCUGAGGUAGUCAAUGUCACUCAUGAAAAAUUCAGAUACACAGAAGAAAUAAAGGCCUUGACUCAGGAACUAAUAAAAACUAUCAGGGAUAUUAUCAGCAUGAAUUCUUUAUAUAGAGAAUCGUUGCAACAAAUGUUACAUCAAGGACAAAGGGUUGUUGACAACCCUGUAUACUUGAGUGAUCUAGGAGCAGCUUUAACCGGAGCAGAUGCUGCAGAGCUGCAACAAGUACUUGAGGAAAUGGAUAUAACAAAAAGGUUGAGACUAUCAUUAGCUCUCCUCAAAAAAGAGUAUGAACUGAGUAAAUUGCAACAAAAAAUUGGAAAAGAAGUGGAAGAAAAAGUCAAACAACAACAUAGAAAAUACAUUCUACAUGAGCAACUAAAAGUUAUAAAAAAAGAAUUAGGUUUGGAAAAAGAAGAUAAAGAUGCUAUCGCAGAAAAAUACAGAGAAAAGAUAAAAGACAAAGUUCUUCCAAAGCCUGUCAUGGAUGUUUUAGAAGAAGAAUUAAAUAAAAUAAGCUUUUUAGAGAGUCAUAGUAGUGAAUUCAAUGUCACAAGAAAUUAUCUUGAUUGGUUGACUUCUAUGCCUUGGGGUGUAACUAGUCCGGAAAAUUUAGAAAUUACACGAGCAAUGGAAAUUUUGGAUGCAGAUCAUUAUGGAAUGGAAGAUAUAAAAAAACGAAUAUUGGAAUUUAUUGCUGUUAGUCAAUUGAAAGGAUCCACUCAAGGAAAAAUUCUAUGCUUCCACGGACCUCCCGGUGUUGGAAAAACUUCUAUAGCUAAAUCGAUAUCUCGAGCCUUAAACCGAGAAUAUUUCCGAUUCAGUGUCGGUGGUAUGACUGAUGUUGCAGAAAUCAAGGGUCAUCGACGAACAUACGUUGGUGCCAUGCCCGGAAAAAUUAUUCAAUGUCUGAAAAAAACGAAGACUGAAAACCCUCUAGUUCUUAUAGAUGAAGUGGACAAAAUUGGAAAGGGAUAUCAAGGCGAUCCAGCAUCAGCUUUGUUGGAAAUGUUGGACCCAGAACAAAAUUCGAAUUUCUUGGACCAUUAUCUUGAUGUACCAGUAGACUUAUCUAAAGUCUUAUUUAUCUGUACAGCUAACGUAAUUGAUACUAUUCCUGAGCCUUUGCGUGACAGAAUGGAAAUGAUAGAUAUGUCUGGAUAUGUUGCUGAAGAAAAACUAGCUAUUGCAAAGCAAUAUCUGGUACCUCAGUCAAUGAAUAACUCUGGAUUGAAAGAUGAUCAAGUAGUAAUUGACGAUACUGCCUUGAAUUAUCUUAUAAAAUCGUACUGUCGUGAAUCUGGUGUUAGAAAUCUACAAAAACAAAUUGAAAAAGUACAUCGUAAAGUUGCAUUUAAAGUUGUCAAAAAAGAAGCAGAGAAACUUGAAAUUACAAGUAAUAAUCUUCAAGAUUUUGUUGGAAAGCCCAUCUUCACUCAUGAUAGAAUGUACGAUAUUACACCUCCUGGAGUAGUAAUGGGCUUAGCAUGGACUGCCAUGGGUGGCUCAACGUUGUUUAUUGAAACAACUGUCAGAAAACCAAAUGAUACUUCUAAGAAAUUUGCGGGUUCAUUUGAGGUCACUGGGCAUUUAGGUGAUGUGAUGAAAGAAUCGAUAACCAUAGCUAUGACAGUAGCACGAAACUUUUUACAAAAACACGAUCCGACGAAUACGUUCCUGUACGACGCCCAUCUACAUCUUCACGUACCUGAAGGAGCGACGCCUAAAGAUGGUCCUAGCGCAGGUACAACAAUAGCAACAGCCUUCUUAUCUCUUGCCAAAAAUAAAUCAAUACGGCAAAAUAUUGCAAUGACUGGCGAACUCAGUCUCAUGGGAAAAGUUCUCCCUGUUGGUGGUAUCAAGGAAAAGACUAUUGCUGCAAAGCGCGUUGGUGUCACCUGCAUACUCUUACCUGAAGAAAAUAGAAAAGAUUUCGAUGAUUUGCCCAAGUACAUUACAGAUGGUCUCGAAGUUCAUUUUGUGGAUAGCUUUGAUGACAUAUACAGAAUAUGUUUCUCAGAGGGUCAAAGUAGUCAAACACCUGUACAGCCUAAAGAAGAUACGUCUCCGCAGUAUAUUGCAAAAAAACAGGCUCCAUUACAAGCAUGAGAGUCAAAAGUGUUAUUUUCAUUCAUUUUGAAAAUAUGGGGUAUUGCAAAAGCAAUGCCUCAUAAUCUUAAAAGUUAAGACCAUGAAUUUAUUACAUUCGAUUUUUUUUUUAUUAUUGAACGGGUAUUACCUUCAAAUUAAAGCCGAUAUUUAAGACUCUUGUUACAUACAGAGAAUACUGAAACCAGAGUAAAAAUAAAAAUUCGAAAUACAUUUUCCGAUGUUUCUACUGAAUAUUUUCGUGAAAAACUUACG